AUGUCUGACAUGGAGGAUGAUUUCACAUGCAAUGAUGAGGAGCACUACGACCUGGAAUACUCUGAAGAUAGUAACUCUGAACCAAAUAUGGAUUUGGAAAACCAGUACUACAAUUCCAAAGCAUUGAAGCAAGAUGACCCAAAAGCAGCAUUAAGCAGUUUCCAAAAGGUUUUGGAGCUUGAAGGUGAAAAAGGAGAAUGGGGAUUUAAAGCACUGAAACAGAUGAUUAAAAUAAAUUUCAAGUUGACAAACUAUCCAGAAAUGAUGAACAGAUAUAAACAACUAUUGACCUACAUUCGGAGUGCAGUCACAAGGAAUUAUUCUGAAAAGUCUAUUAACUCUAUUCUUGAUUAUAUCUCUACUUCAAAACAGAGUUCUGAUAUUUUGCGUCAUAUGGAUUUACUGCAGGAAUUCUAUGAGACAACACUGGAAGCUCUGAAAGACACUAAGAAUGAUAGGCUGUGGUUUAAGACAAACACAAAGCUUGGAAAAUUGUAUCUAGAACGAGAAAAAUAUGUAAAGCUUCAAAAACUUUUGCGCCAGUUGCAUCGGUCAUGCCAGACAGAUGAUGGAGAAGAUGACCUUAAAAAGGGUACACAAUUAUUGGAAAUUUAUGCAUUAGAAAUUCAAAUGCAUACAGCACAGAAAAAUAACAAAAAACUUAAAGCAUUGUACGAACGGUCGCUGCACAUCAAAUCAGCCAUCCCCCAUCCACUGAUCAUGGGUGUCAUUAGAGAAUGUGGUGGUAAAAUGCACUUAAGAGAAGGUGAAUUUGAGAAGGCUCACACUGAUUUUUUUGAAGCAUUCAAGAAUUAUGAUGAAUCAGGGAGUCCCAGACGAACCACUUGCUUAAAGUAUCUGGUCUUAGCAAACAUGCUAAUGAAAUCUGGAAUAAAUCCAUUUGACUCUCAGGAGGCAAAGCCAUAUAAAAAUGACCCAGAGAUUCUAGCAAUGACCAAUUUAGUAAGUGCCUAUCAGAAUAAUGACAUCACUGAAUUUGAGGAGAUUCUGAAAAAAAAUCACAGCAACAUCAUGGGCGAUCCCUUCAUAAGGGAGCACAUUGAAGAGCUUUUGCGAAACAUCAGAACACAAGGGCUUAUAAAAUUAAUUAAGCCUUACAGAAGAAUACGUAUUCCUUUUAUUUCGAAGGAAUUAAACAUAGACGUAGCCGAUGUGGAGAGCUUGCUGGUACAAUGCAUAUUGGAUAACACUAUUCAUGGCCGAAUUGAUCAAGUCAACCAGCUCCUUGAACUGGAUCAUCAGAAGAAGGAUGAUGCCCGAUAUACUGCACUAGAUGAAUGGACCAACCAGCUAAAUUCUCUCAACCAAGCUGUAGUCAGUAAACUGGCUUAACA